AUGCUGUUCUCAAACGUCUUCUUACCCACAGCGCUCCUCGCAGCCCAAGCCGCAGCCCACGGCGCUGUCACCAGCUAUGUCAUCGACGGAGUGACAUACCCCGGCUACGAAGGCUUCUCACCUUCCUCCUCACCCAAGACCAUUCAACGCCAAUGGCCCGACUACAACCCCACCCUGAGCGUCAACGACAAGAAAGUCAUGUGCAAUGGCGGCACCUCAGCCGACCUCUCCGCCAAGGUAGCAGCCGGCGGGAAGAUACGCGCAAACUGGAAGCAAUGGACACACGAGCAAGGGCCUGUUAUGGUCUGGAUGUACAAGUGCUCUGGCGACUUCAAAAGCUGCGACGGUUCUGGAAAGAAGUGGUUCAAGAUCGACCAAGAAGGCAUGACCGCACCUCCCCUCUCGGGCCGCAGCUGGGGCACCGCCAAGGUCCUCAAGAACUUGUACUGGGAGUCAAAGGUCCCCGCGUCCCUCGCACCGGGCAACUAUCUCGUUCGUCACGAGCUUCUUGCUCUUCAUCAGGCCAACUCACCUCAGUUCUAUGCUGAAUGCGCACAAAUUGAAGUCACGGGUUCUGGCAGUGCUUCCCCGAGUGGUGACUACUUGGCAAACAUUCCCGGAUACGCGGCGCAGAGUGACCCAGGAAUCAUGGUUGAUACGUAUGGUAGCAAGGCUACUACGUAUACUUGCCCUGGACCCAAUGUGUGGACUGGAUAG